AAAUCGAAAAUAACAGAAAACUAAAAUAUUGAAAAUGAAUCGUCUAGCUGUUGUGCUGACCAUUGUAUUUGUCACCAUUGUAACAUCGGAAAAUUCAUCAUCAGAAGAACAAGGAGAGAAUAAGUUCAACGAUUUGAUAGCUUGUAAAAACGAAACUGGUGCGUCUGACAUAGACAUGGGUCGAGUGAUAAUUCGUGCAAAUCCGAUCACACAGACAGGAAAAUGUUUGACUGCAUGCUACUUGGACAAACUCGGAAUAAUGACACAAGAAAAAUUCGAACCAGAGAACAUCCUGAGUUAUUUGGAUGACGUAACAUUAGUUGGAAGCAAUGGCAAAACUCUCGACAAAGUAGUUAAGGAGAUAGCUGACGAAUGCAAAGCAAUAUUCGAUACCGACAAAUGUGAAUCCGCUGCCAAAAUUUUGAACUGUUUGAAUGCUUCAGCUAAGAAACGUGGUUUCUGUCCAAAUGUGUUUUAAGUUAUACUUGAGUCUGAGUGAAAAGCAAUUGUAAAUUCUGAUUAAUAAAUUAAAUAAAAUCAAAUUUUUUAA